UCUGGCUGAGCUGGCAGCCGAAGUUAAACUAAAGAAAGCAUGAGGGAAGAAAAGGCAGAUGGUUAGAAUGACAGCCUGAUGGUUAGAGGUUCAGUAUAAAGUCUCAUAACAACACGCUAAAAAAAAGAAGACAGACAAAGCAGAAAACAGGCGGAAGACAAAGCCGGUGUUGGUGGAGCUCGACAACCAUGAGCCACAACUUUCUCUGUGCUUUUCUCACCCUCGCCUUCCUGGAAUCAGGCAAAUCAAACAGUGAUGUGUCAAUCAGUCACCGCUUUACUGGAGAUAGCCAGAACAUUACCUGCGUCCUCUCGGGGGACGAAAACAUGACACAGAUCAACUGGGAAAUACUUCAUGGCCCAAACCACACUAAGCUGGGCACAUAUCAUCCUCAUUUCGGCAUACAUAUUAUGCAUAAUUAUAAGACUAAAGUGGAGAUCAAGGGCAGACAAUCUCCACGACCAUCAUCAUCAUCCCUUCUCAUUAAAAUAGCAUCAAACGACAGCGUGCAAAUCUGUUGCGCGUUCAUAACAUUUCCUUCAGGUAAACUGGAGCAGUGUGUGGAUAUCAGUAAGAACGAUGCCAGUAUCGAUACAUCUAAAAAAGAGUAUACUUACAUUCAACCAGAACGACAACUGGGAUUAUUUGGACUUUUGGGCGCAAUGAUUAUCGGAACUAUUCUUUGCCUUUUCAUCCUUAUCCUCCUAAUCUACUUGUGGAGAAAAUGCAAUUGUAAAAGGAUAAAGUCCUUUGAAAUACGAACAUAUAUGACAGACUCGCCGGCUGAGAGCGAGCAAUCUGUUGAUGCAGCAACUCCUCAAAGUGCUCCAAGCGGCUUUGACCCCUCAAAACUUUAUGCCAAGAUCAGAAAGGACCUUUUCUAUGGCCGCUUGUGGAAGUCUUAUCAAGGCCAGCCUAAACCAUAGACUUAAGGUGCCAUGACUGAUCAAGGACCUGUUUUUUUCAUCAAGGACUCUAAGAACAAUAGCAUAAAGAGGAUUGCAAUGUAUUAUUUAAUUCAGCAUUUUUAAAAAAUAAUUAUUGUUUCAAAGCAACUUUACAAAAGGUGCAAAUUAUUGCAUUACAAUCAAAUUCGGAAAAGGUUAUAAUAACUUUAUUAGUUACUAAUAACUUUAACUAUUUAACUAGUAAUUAAUAGCUUUACACUAGUAACUAAUAGCUUUUACCAGUAUAAUAAAUGUAUUAUACUGUAUAUAAACAUAGUUAACCUGCAGUUAUAAAGCAUAUACUGUAGGUAAUGUUCAUGUGUACAUGUUUAUGGAAGUGUAUUUGUGUAUUAUAUAAAGACAAUGAUUAAAUGUAUUGAUAAUUUAACUUUUAA